CGGCGGUGGUGGCGUUCGCGCUGGUGCUCUGCAGCCGUCUUGACAGUUAUCUGACCUUGGACCUUAUAGAGAAGAAGAUACAAGAACUGGUGUACGAUGCCAACCAAUGGCCAACAUUCAAUGAAACCAGGCCCACCAUCGUCCAGGUGGAGAUCUUCGUCAACAGCUUCGGCGCGCCACGAGCGGCGACUAUGGAUUACCACCUGGACAUCUACCUGCGGCAGUCGUGGCACGAUGAACGGCUGCGCUCCGACGCCCACCCCAGUCAGCUGUUGCUGGUCAGCCGACUGAAGGUCAUCGAUAUGCUGUGGACGCCCGACAUCUACUUCCUCAACGUUAAGGAUGCCAAGUACCACGAGGUGACGUCGCCAAACGUUUUGAUGCGCAUCUACGGCGACGGGCGAGUGUUCUUCAGCAUACGAUUGCAGCUUACCCUAUCCUGCCAAAUGGACCUCAGCAAGUACCCGCUUGACACUCAGACCUGCUACAUCCAGCUGGCUACGUUUGCUCACCCCACGUCGGCGCUGGUGUUUAAGUGGAUGCACGGAACCAGGGCCGUAGACAGCACAGACAACAUGAAGAUCGCCCAGUUCAGCCUGGAGGAGCUGACUGCCGAGCCGCCCGGCAUUCUCAACUACACCACCGGUCAGUUCAGCACGCUGUCGGCACGGUUCCGGCUGAACCGGGAGAACGGCUACCAUCUGCUGCAGACGUACAUCCCGACCAUCAUGAUCGUCUCCAUCUCGUGGGUGUCGUUUUGGCUGGAGCAGACGGCGACGCCGGCCAGAGUGACGCUGGGAGUGACCACGCUGCUGACUUUGACGUCACUGGCAGCCGGCGUACGCAGCGAGUUGCCCCCUGUCUCCUACCUCAAGGCGAUCGAUGUGUGGAUCGGCGUGUGCAUGUUUUUCGUGUUCGGCGCUCUCCUGGAGUUCGUGCUGGUGCACCACCUGGCCAAGAAGCGCAAGUUCCCCGGUCGCCAACGCAAGAGCGUCAAGGAGAUGUUCUUCUCCAGCGACGACCCAGAGCCAGGGCAGUCCGGCGCCAAGAAGCAGACCCACGUGGCGCAAGCCAAAGUCGUGGACAGGGUGUGCCGCGUGCUCAUGCCAUUCGCGUUCAUCACCUUCAAUGUUAUCUAUUGGACCUACUACGGCCUCGGCUAGGAUGCGGUAUGGCAGGUGGUGGCCGCCGGUGGCGAUGGCGGCGACAUGCGCGCUUCGAUGACGGGUAGCUGACGUGGAGGGUGCAGGCGUGGAUGGCGUUGGACCGGGAGGACGGCUGACGAGGUGUUUCGCUGUGCGGUGAUAAUGGACGAGGCCCCGGUGGCCGUUGUCAGCAGCGGCGUAGCACGGCCUCGGGAACCAGUUGGCAGCUGCUCAUAUUCACCCGAGCACCUGACAGCAUUCAGAAACUGGAAGCAAGGCACUCAAAGUUCGUUUGGAAGCAGGCAUCGGUGUGACAUGAGGGACUUCUAGCAGCCAACAACGGCGGAUUUUCGGAAGAGAUGGGAGGGCAAGCCCAAUUGUGACAUAACGUCUUUCCAUGUAUCUCCGCAUGGUUGGUGUUAACCCUCUAGAGAUGCGGCUCUCCCUCGUCGUUUCCCCUCCAAUGAUACCGUUCCUGAUCACUUCGAACGAUUAUAUAAUGUUUUUCCACACUGACUUUCGCCCUUUGAAAUCGCACAUUAGCAGCUCUCCUGGAUACCUCUCCGAAUUAGCCUGCUUAUGCUUGUUAUGCCUGCAUGAUAUGAGGUGGCGAGUAGGUGCUGGGUCUUAUUUGCCCGACCUAUUAAGGCCCUUGGAGCAUGAAUUAAGGCAUAUUUCGCAUUCGUAUCUCCACCGGCUGUACAUCAGAAACGCAAAUGUUCCGGGCUGCGAGUUUGCUGAAUCGACUCAGGAACAAUUGUGCGGCGCUUGACACCCGCUGUCAGAUGCUAGCUACUGCUUCAGACCUCACCUUCCUUCCCCUUACCGGCUGUAGACCUGGCUACAUCCUGCUGGCUAUUGCUCUAUUAUCGCGCUGGUAUCUAAAGGCCAUCAGUGCUACCAGUGGACUUACACUCGAUAUUUUGCAUGCUGCCAUAGCCUAGUCUGCUUAGAAGGGUGUUGGAAAUGUUUGCCUUGCCACCAACAUGGAAACCACCUUUUCUGCGAAACGUACGGUAUUUAAAGCCUGUGAUGUUUCAAACCAUUUGCGGUCGGAUCAACCAUCUGUUUGUCCCAUUAUUGUCAUCAAGUGUCCUUUUCGCAAUGUGUAAAAUGUUUGCGAGACUAAGAUGGUCCAAUCUGUUCGAAUGCGUUGGUAUAAAUAACUUUUGCACGAAGUGUCCCCAUAAACAUCCCACGCUCCGUGUUCGCCGCUUGAAAUUAUAUCUUAUGAUUCAACAUAUAAUAUAAAUUUAAAACUCGCCUGAACAGGACACACGCGCCGAAAUAUAGUGAACUUUGCGGCUUAUUUAUUGUAUUUCAUUCAUGUCUGGGAAUGCAGUGGAGAGUGUGCGGUAUCGCAUUUGCGGCGAUCAAGAAAUUAGACACCUGACUCGGUGAGUUAGAAGGAACAGCCAGCUUCUCGCAGCUCGACAUCGUGCGAGGGACAAACUAUGUGACACGAGGCCGGCUUGUCAUUUACAUCGUUUCACCUGUAGAAGUAUUAUCAUGACACACUACUGUUUCAAUUCAUCAUGCCCCAUAAACACACCAGCUAAUGACCCUACACAUUUCCAUCAUGUCCGUUAUGUGGGCCCAAGUGCUAUUCCGUGCUAACGUGUUGUCGAGUGAUGUAUUCCAACAUACCCGCUGUGCCAGCCCUUUAGCACGUUCAUGCCAAAUAUAUGCUCAAUUGGACGCCUGUGUGGAUAGCAAGUUUAACAAAAUCAAUUAAUAAAAUACUAUGUUAGAGGAGUUCCCCAUAACUUAACAAGCUUGUUCAGGAGUUGACAUCCAGAACUUUGCCGACUGCUGUUGCUCAUUCUCAGUUAGGCUAAAAGGC